AUGGCAAAUAAAUAUUCUGGAUUUUUAAUAGUGUGUAUUACAUACCAUAUCGUUUUUAUCACUUUGCUUAUUCCUAUAAUCAGUGGAUACACUUGUACUCCUGGUACUGGAGAAAUUUUACUUCGAAGCUCCGCACUUAAUUCAGCGGAGAAACGAGUAGAAAACGAUAUAACUUCUAACAGUAACAACGAAGAUGGAAACGGAAAGCACUUAAUAAAACAAGGUAUAUUCACCUCACCAAAAUGGCCCAAAUCAUAUGAAUCUGGGACACGUUGUGUUUAUCGUUUUAUAGCGGAUGUUGGUGAGAAAGUUCAUAUUAAAUUUGAUCACUUUGUUUUAUCGGGUGAUAUGCCGAGUUGUUCAGUCGACUUCUUGGAUGUGUAUAUUGAUGUUGCUUCGUCAACACUAGAUUUGGAUAGACAAGCCGCAAUACUUGUUGAAGCCUCUUCUUCUUUAUCAUCAUCAUCAUCUAAUGAACUACACACAACAACACCAUUUUCAGCCUCUGUUUAUUCUUCCGUAUUAGAUAAAUCAGAUUUAUUGGGUCGAUAUUGUGGUGAUUAUCUAGCGACCAACUCUGUCACAUUUAUUAGUUUACAUAGAGAGAUUGUAUUGGAUUUUUAUUCCGAGUUAGAAAAAGUGGCGAAUCCCUGGUAUACAACUGGAAAAUCCACUAUAUUCGGUUUCAACGGAACAUUCGAAUUUAUUAAUGAUGAUGCAUUCUAUCCUGGUAAGGCUGUUUCUUCCUCUGAAUUGUAUAUACCAUUUGAAGAUGACAUUACUACUAGUACUGGCAAUGCUACUGCUGCUUCCACCAUAACUAGUAGUAACUGUCGUUUUCGUAUUGAAGCAGAUCAUAUUGCUAAACCUAACAUAAAUGGAGAUAUGACUAAAUUAGAUGAAAUAUCUGGUGAAUUAAUUUCACCUACCUACCCAGGUUACCAACCUAACAAUCUUCUCUGUGUAUAUCAGUUAAUUGGGCUUCCAUAUCAGCGAAUUAGUUUGGAUAUUUUGGACAUAGACUUAUACUCAGGAUCACCAGGAUGUCCAAAAGAUUUUAUCCAAUUCUAUGAUGGUUUUCAAAUAGACAAUACCAGUAUAAGUCGAAAUUCUAUCGGUCAACGAAUAUGUGAUAAUUCGAAUAAUAUUCAUAUCGUAUCUACGGGAGCAAGUUUAGUGAUACUAUUCGUUACUGGUCAAAUUCAGUUGCUAAACUAUGUAAAUAAUAAAAGAGAUAAUGUAGUAAUGAAUGCAUUGAGUACAAGACGUCGAGGUUUUCGAUUACGUUAUACAUUUACCAAAAGGUUAUUGCCUGUCAGUGAAGCACCUGGAGGCGAGCACGUCCGUGGAACAGAAUGUGAUUAUGUGAUAAAAAGUCAAGGUUCCAUUGAAAAACAGUUUGAAUCACCCACAAUGCGCAAUAAUUUCGUAUUAACUCCAGAUAGAGUAUGCAAUUUCAUAUUUAUCGGAGAACGAUUUGAACAAUACAUCGAAAGCGUAUCAAUUGGAUUUGAACGAAUCGAAUUACCUAAGUCAAGUGAAGGAAGUCAAAUAUGUGAUCGUGGACACAUGGCAAUUUAUGGUAGUAGAUCAUUACCUGGUGAACAAAUUAACAGACCAACCUAUGAAUAUUCUCAUGAAAUACUUCAAUCUAAUAAAGAACCCGAUCAUGUGUUUUGUGAUCGAUCAAAUGAACUAGAAUCGCUCAAAAUCGGAUCAGGUUUUCAACAUCAUGAUUAUCCAAUAGUUGGACGACACAAUGUCUUACUGGUGAGAUUUAAUUCAACGGGAGCCGACUUACCCGGUUUAAAUAUGAAGUUUAUUCUAAGUUAUAGGUUUAAAAAGGACUUUGGUAUUCCCGGUAUAAUGAUUAAUCCUGAAAGUUGUCAGUUUAUGUAUGUAAAUCCAUCGCAGUCGACAACCUCUGUUUCUUCAUUGUCAUCAUCUUCUUCCGAACCGUCAUCCUCAUCUACCUCAAAAACAAAUACAGUAAAUUUCAAAGGAUGGACCAACUCACCUCUCUACCCAAAUAAUUACCCACCUAAUUCAGAUUGUUUGUAUAUAAUUACACCACAAAAUGAAUUUGCUGUAGAACAAUCCAUACGUCUAGUCUUUGAAACAUUUGCAACUACAUAUCGAACCCAGUUGAAAGUAUCAAUUGAAAACCAAUCAGAACUGGAAAAAUUUCAAAUUUGUUAUCAGGAUUUCCUUGAAAUCAUCCAGUUAUACAUUCCUUUAAAAGAAGAAGUAAUGAGUGCAUUAACUUCACGUGUCAAUUAUCCACUGUUACUUGAAGUAUCAUAUGAUGUCUGGAUACAACGUUGGCAUAAUUUAGAGAAAGAAUUACAAAUUUAUUUAGGUACAAAUCAACAUAUACUUGAACCUAUAAGUAUAUACUGCGGGAAAUAUAUACCGGGUCCAAUAGUCUCAGAUCCAACUGCCACAGCCAUUUUAAUGAGAUUUCAUAGUGGACAAAAUACAACUUCAAAGGGCUUCACAUUAAGUUAUGAAUUUCUCCCAAAAAUACGUCUUGAUCCAAUAAAAUCAAAAGUUGUUGGUAGACCGGGGAACAAAAAUGGUGAUAGUGCUGACGACAAGCAUCCAGUCAAAAGUACUAGCAGUGGUUUAAUUACUUCACCAAAUUUUCCCAAUUUAUAUGUCAAGGACUUCAAUUAUGAAUGGUAUAUUCAAGGAACUACAGAGAAAAGUCGCAUUCAAUUAUAUUUCAAUUCAUUGGAUUUAGAAGGUUCGAAAAUGAAUUGUUCAAGAGCAGUUCUUCGGAUAUAUGAAGAUCGUAACCCAAGAAGUUCAUAUGAACUUUGUGGAAAUCCUAAUGAACUCCUGCCUAUCGUUAUACCAAAUUCUGUAGCACGAGUAAAAAUGCACACAGCAACGGAUGCAUCUGGUUCAAAAGGAUUCGAGUUAAUUUGGACUGAUCUACUACCAAUAGAUCCUGAAACUGGAUGUAAAGGUUUCCUCUGUGAGAGCACAGGUCAUUGUUUAUAUACAGAUCUAGAAUGUAAUGAAGUACUGAAUUGUGGAAUGUAUCAAAAGGAUGGGAAAUGGUUAAAGGAUGAAUCAGAUGAAGCAAGCUGUUCAUUGAGACUGAGUUACAACUUAGUUCAUAUUGGUACGGGUAUUCUACUAGCACUAAUUCUACUUCUUGGUAUAGCUUGCUACAUUUACUAUCGUGAAUAUAAACGCCGAAAACAUAUGCCAUUGGAUCCCCUAACAGAAUUAACGGGUUCAAAGCCUUCUCUAUCACUUAAUCAGUCAGCUCACAGAUUGACCACCCACUGUCCAAAUAAAAAACAGUUACAUAAGUGUCAUAAUUCACAGAGUACAGGGUUGUUAUGCGAUUUGUCAACCGAGAAAGAAAUGGUCUUUACAGAUAUCGGUCCAAUAAAGAAGCAUCAGCACCAGCAACACUAUCACCAUCAUCAACAUCGUCAUUUACUACAUUCACAUCAGUUACCGCCACAUGCUCACUCUCAUCGGUACCAUCACCACAGUUACAACAAAAAGAUGACUGAACACAGUACACACUCACAACUAAUCAAUGCAUCUCAUGACUGUCAUAGUUCACACUUUUCACUCGAUAACCAACACGAUUAUUGUCAUACGAUUAGAUUAAAUAAUAAGACACAACACCGGACAUCGUCACAUUCAGGAUCAUUAGUUAAAAAUGGAGGUGGUACAGUAAUAUCGGAUUCUGUACAUAGUUGCGGAGGUAGUAAUAAUAAUACAAGUGGUUUGAUUGUCGGAACUGGAAGAAAUUUAUCAACAACAGCCGACGGUGGGUUACUUAUAAGAGAGAAAAUGCAAAAAAUAUCAAUAGUUUAA